AUGAGGGGACGGACGCGGAGACUUUGGCCGAGAAGGGAGGAAGGGGCGGACGCGGGCGUUCGCAGAUCCUCGAGAACUGCUUCGACGAUGCACGCGCAGGACCACCAGCAGCAAGCCUAUGACGGCCUCGAACGGAGUAACACGACCAGCUCGUUCAAGUCCUUCUUCUUCGGCUCGCGUCCCACCAAAGACUCGACACUGCCGACGCGUCGCCCAUCCCGCAAAGAGCGUCGUACGAAUCGCCCGAGGACGACAGACACCGCCAUCGACCCUCACUUCCCUACCCUCCCUUACCUCCGUCCCGACCCUGCUCGUCCCGCUCCUCUCCGGCAAUCGAAGCUCUUGCUGGUCGACAAGUAUGCGAGGGACGACCGUAUUGCGGCGUGGCAGGAACAGCGGAUGGAGGAGGUUGGCGGGUUGGAGAGUUGGAGGAUGCAGGUUGCGAGGGAAGUUGCGUGGGAAAAGGCGAUCAUGCAGGAUGGGCGGGUCGGAGCGGCUGUCGAAGAGCUUGAAGGGAUGCUUGAUGCGUCUGCCUUCUCGACUUCCUUCACCGUCGACAGCCUUCGCCUUCCACCAUCGCCAGACGUCCCGCCUACUCCUCCGCCAAAAGAACCGCUACCUGCUCCGCCAGCGACCUUCCUCGAGCUGGACGAAGUUGACGAUGUCCGUUCUUCUGCGGCCCGCACAACACUCGUGCUGAACACGACAAUUGAGCUCCCCCCGCCUCCUCUGACACCGAAGACGUUCACUCCGCCCGCCUCAGCCGUGCCAACUCUCGUUUGGUCGGUUCCUCCGCCCGCACCUUCACCCUACCGCUUCCCCGCUCCUCCCUCGCCGAACUACCCGAACCUGAUCCGGAUCGACACAUCUUUGAACACUCCGCCACCUAUCUCGGUGCUGACAUCGCCGAUCGAGCCAGGCCAAUGGACCGGCUCGCCUCCUCCUCGCUCGUCAAGUCUGCCUUUCGGCGAUUUGCUGCAGGUUUCGGCGCCGCCUCCCGAGUGUUCGAUCGUUCCGCCGAAGGCAGCGGCGCUCCUCGGACUGCUCGCGUCGACGACUGUAACGGGCAGGGCACCCGCCGACGUUCCGACGCACAUCGCGUCCUCGGCUCGUCCGCCGUUCCGCCGCCUUGACUCGGCUGGCAAUGACGACCGCAAGUACUCGACGGAGACGUCGUCUGCGUCGUUGCAGACAGGCGGUUCGAUAUUCUGGGCGCACGCAAUGGCACCGAUUGUCAGCCGACCUUCCUGCUCCUCCUCGGCACCGACGUCCGCCAACGCCAGCGUCGACCUCAAGCAGCCCCUCUUCCCUCCACGUACAUCCUCAUUCGCGCACGCAGUCAAGUCCAGCUUCGCCCAGAAGCGCAGGGAGGCUCCGCCGGGCUUGUCCUCCCUCAAGCUUCGCAAAGAGGGCAUGUCUUCUCUUCCCGACCUGCACAGUGCCGGCCUCAGCGCGACGCUGCACAGAUCGAUCCAUCCUGCCCCGCCUAAAGCGUGGCAGAACUGGCGGCAUGACGACGGCGACGAGCGAGAGAGCCUGCUCGACUUUGCUUGCUCUGGCGACGGCUUGGGAGGCGACCGCAUCGGAUCGACGAGGGCAACGCGCAGCCACAGCGACAGCGGACCAGUGGGUGACGUCCAGCUUCGUGUCGCGACUGUCAUUCGGAAGGUCAGCCUCGGCAGCUUGCGAGGCGGCAAGAUGCUCGUCCGGGCGCUAUCGAAGUCCAAGUCGGGAGGCAACCUGAGGAAGACGGCGACGGGUCGGGUCGCGAUCGAGGACGAGCAGGAGGAGCAGCGCUGGAAGGACUUGCGGAGGGCGUGGGAGGCUGAGCGGGACGACCUCGAGGGUAUGCUGAGUCGUAGGUGUUGCAUCUGA